AUGUCAAAAAGAAGAGGAAAGUCAAAGGACAGUGAAGAAACUACUAGUGACAGCCAAAUUGAUUAUACGUUUGAUGAAAAUUCCGAAAAUCCAUUCAUUCCUAGACCUAGAAUAAGCGAAAGCCCAAUACUAACAAGAUCUAAAGCACGACAACUUAAUUUCUCUACUGAAAACUCCGAUAGUCCAUUUGUGUCAAGACCUAAGAUUGUAAAAAGUCCUAUAGUAUCGCAGGUUAGAGAUAACUUACCACCUUCUUUGCAACCGGCAGAAUCUGCUGUAGAUAUGGGUAACGAAAACGAGGGUAAUAGUUUGCCAAGUGGUUCCCAACAGGCUCCAACUGGUGGUAAUGUAAAUGAUUUAAGUGUUUUAACUUCAAGACUAGAACGCGUCCUCACGUUAAACCAUAAUGCCUUUAUGGGUGAAAUUUCGAACUUAAGACAGUCUCUAGUCGAAGGUUUUAACCGUCAAACAAAUACUUACAAUCCACCACCAGUAAACCACAACAAUUCAGGCAUCAACACUAACAGUGGAAAUAAUAAUAAUAAUAACUCUUUUCAUAACCAAAGUUUAACUUCCGAUUCAGGCAGAAGUACAUCCUCUAAUGAUUAUGUUCGAUUAGACAAAUGGAACAUCAUGUAUGAUGGUUCAGACGAUGUUAAUGAUUUUCUCUUCAAAAUUGACACACUUAAGAAUAGAUUUAAUUGCUCGGACAAGUAUAUAAGUUCCAAUUUUCACACUCUUCUAAGGGGCAAAGCAGACACAUGGUUCUGGUCCUUUUUAAAGCAACACCCUAAUUCAAAAUAUGAAGAAAUUAAAUUUGCUUUAACAAAACAGUUCGGAAAGAUAGAAAAUGACUGCGACAAAAUCGUCAGAAUGAUUGAACGUCGACAAAUGCCGAAAGAAUCUUUUGACGACUACUUCUCAGAAAUGGUAGCAUUAAAUAAUCGUCUUUCCCAGCCAAUGAAUGAGAGCAAAAUGAUAGAUUUGAUUAAAAACAAUCUUAAGGAAUCUUUAGGUUCUCUGUUGUUUACCUCAGAAUUAUUCAGCUUAGACCAUUUGAGAGACUGUGCAAGAAAGGCCGAGAAGUAUGUUAUAAGACAGCAGUUCAUUAGAUUUCAGAAAAAGCAUGUAUCAGAAUUAGAAGUGAGAGAAAGCGUAGAUGAAUUAGAAGAAGAGGAAGAGGAACUAGCAGCAUUUAGGUAUCAGGGCAAUAGGGAGCGAAAAGAAUUAGACACACGUCAUUACAAAUGUUGGAAUUGUGACCAAAUUGGUCACUCAUUCUACGAUUGUCCGUCCGAAAAACGAACGCUAUUUUGCUUUAGGUGUGGCGAGAAAAAUAUCACCACUCCACAGUGCAAAAAGCACUCGAAAAACAGGAAUUUGAACGAGUAG